UACCCCGCAUAUUGGCAAUAUUUUGGCGCGCUGAAAGAUUGAAUUUGGGAGCAUGCAUGAUCAAGUGGACAUCAGCUCCGCAUCCAGAUUCCAGAAACGGUCGAUUUUAUAGUUUGCCCCGUUUAAGGUUCACCUUUGAGAGCGUAAUCGUGGUGAGAUUAGGUACGGUGUUAAGUGAAGUAGAAUCGAAAGUGGAACUGUCAGUCACAAAUAAGCUUUUUUAGCCUAUGUUGCAUGUCAAACAGAAUGGAUUGAGAAAUGGUUUGCAUGGCACAUAAAUUCUAUGAGAACCAUGUUACCCAACUAUGAUGAUCAUAGACAUUUCACCUUCGUUCAGGAGAGAACUCCUGGAGUAGAACCACUGGAGUAAAAUUGUCAGAUCAGUCAUCAGCAUUCUUUUGCGUACACCCAAACAAUUCCCUAGUGCUAUUUUUAACGAGAAAGUUUACAUGAUGAAUUACCCCAUUCAGAAGGCUGCCUAAUUUGGCAUGAUGACCAAACUCCUCCUGUUGUCAUGAAUAAGAGACCUGUGGAUGAUUUACAGUACAUUUGGCAUGUCUGCUGUUGAUGUCCCUGUGCAGCAAUGUCCAGCAGAAAGCAUAUAUUUCAGAUAUCAGGAAUCAAAGAUGCCCAAAGUAAAGGACAGCUGCUCCGUGCUAUAAAGCAGCUGGAUGGGACAUACAUUGGAGGUCCGAUUUACAGGGAAAGUAUCACCCAUCUGAUAGUCUCCCAGGCUGUGCCCAGUGAAAAGUUCCUAGCAGCAUGUGCUGGAGGGAAGUGGAUUGUCACACCAGAAUACCUGCUGGACAGCGUGAAGCUGAAUGAAUGGCUACCUGAGGUCCCUUAUGAGGUGAACCUCUCGGUCCAAAGCCCUGGCCUCACCAACCCCGUGAAGGCAUGGAGAGAGAAGGUGGCCAGAGGACUGGUGUCUGGGGCCUUCCAGGACUGGGUGGUGCUGUUGAAUGUGGUUGAUUUCAAGCGGAGGGACAUUAUUAGCAGGAUCCUUAACGCAGGCAGGGCUGUUGUGUACCUUGAGAAGCCCGCCUCAGUGCACAUUACUCAUGUGAUAAACAGACAUGUAGUGGAGGACACUCCUGACCUGGAUGUUCCCUGUACAUCUAUGCGCCAGCUUGCUCUGCAUUUAUUCGGGAAAUCAUUUGCUGGAUUGAAAUGGCCUGUCAAUCAACCAUGCAAUCCCAGUGAUGGGGACGCCGAAGACAUAGAUACCUCGUCUGAGAAUGUGUUGGAGGAGGCAGAGAGGCUGGACUGCUCACUUGAUGUAGGAGUGCUCUCAGGCCUGGAGAAUACUCUGGAGGACUACAUAUUCAAUGUGGAGAAAUUGAAGCAGAAGAGAAAGCUGCUUUACCCAGAGUUCCAGAGCUUCUACUUGUCUUGUCCUACCACUCAGCGGGCCCCAGCGGAUCUGAGGAACGUCCAGAGCCUACUGGACUGCGGCUUCUUCCCGCAGGCGCUGGAGGAGCUCCAGGCUUCGCUGCACCCCGGGGUGCUUCCUCCGGCCCAGCUCGUGCUCACGCUCAUGCAGCACGCCCUGGACGGCGCUGCAAAGCCAUAUACACUCAGCAUGUUCCGCACAACCCUCCAUAACAUCCUGUGCAUCAACUCUCUCUGGGGCUCGGCUUCCUAUGUGAAGUACUUCCAGCAAAUUCUGCAGUGUCCGAGGUGCAAGGCAGGCGUGUGGUCCCUCCUCAGUACGUCCUUCAGGGUGUGCAUGUCCGGUGCCGCUACCUGUCACUCACUACCAAGCCCCGCCCGCUCGGAGCUCAUCAGCUUCCACUGCGACCUGCAGGAAUUCAUCCUCAGGCUGUUCCAGCUGGAGCUGCACGCUGUGAAUUCUGGCCUGACGACAACCAUGCCGUGGUCCACGCUACUGGGCAACGUCUUCUGGACGGUGUGGGAGAGGUCGACUCUGAGCUCUAAGGCCGUGCAGCAGCUGGCCGAGCUGCUGGUGGAAGCAUAUCAGUGGGCCCAGUCCUGCACUGAGGUGGACGCUGUGCAGGGGCAGAGGCUGCUGUUGCGUCUGCAGGAGCUGCUGGAGGUGGUGGGGGAGUUCUGGUGUCAGGCCCACAGCACGCUCAACCGGCCGCUGGUGGACAAGGGUCUGCAGGAGCUGGGCGAGCACAUUGCUAUCCUCUGCUUGGGACAGGGGACAGAUGUGGCACCAGACUUCCUGUUGGAGCUCAUUCCCAGCAUGCUCUGCUCUCAGCUCCGCUUGGUCACGGCCGACGCCCUCUACCGCUUCGUCUGCCGCAGGAACGGCAUUGCCACGGGAACGGAGGCUCUCUCUCUCAGGAAAAUUGUGUCCACCUAUUUGAAGGCCCUGGGGAGUUUGUGUGCGCGUCGGCCUGCUCCUGACCCUUCGCCACGGCUGGGAGCUGAACCCACCCUCGCCAGCUGUGCCAGCCAGAAGCCAAGCGCAGGCAGGCUCAAAGGAGGUGUGUGUGUGUUUGGCCCAGGGAAAGAGAACACCCCACGUGGCUUAAACCGAGUGAAUGCAGCAGGGGAGACACUCCUCCACCGCGCCUGCAAGCGAGACCAGGUGGACACCCUCCUGCACAUCCUCGCUCAUCCAGGGACAGACGUCAACGUUAAAGACUAUGCGGGCUGGACGCCGCUGCAUGAGGCCUGUAACCAUGGCAGCAGUGCGUGCGUGAGAGCGCUGCUCCAGCACAGCCCCUCGCUGGACCUCAGCAGUCAGGUGGGCGGCGUGAGUCCACUGCACGACGCGCUGCUCAACGGACACGUGCUCAUCGCCAAGAUGCUCCUGCAGUAUGGAGGUUCCGCUCUUCUACAGCUUCGUGAUAGCUUUGGCCGCACUCCCCUAGACCUGGUUCCCGCGGCAAUGCUGCGGGAGGAGCUGCGGCGCUGCGCCACCGAAGGCGACUCGUCGGCCGCUACCGCCGUUGCCACCGUCCACGACGUGCAGGACCUCCCGCUGGUGGAGACGUGCUCGUGCCUGCUGGCCUGCCUGCUGCUCAGCUACCAGCAGGAGCGAGACCUGCCCGGCUGCAGUAGCCCACCUCUCCGCCUUCCCCCAGGGCGGGUCCGAACGCUGCUGCUGCUGUCCGCCGACCCCAGGGGCCGGGCGCUCGCCAGCGGGUGGGCCAACGCCAGGGCGGCACAGCUGGCCCACGACCUGGAGACCCUGCUGGGCAUGGGGCGGCACGUGGGCGCCCUGGCCCCAGCGCUGAAGCGCUGCCAGGGGCCACACAUACAGCUCCUCGUCCAGCUGCUGGAGGACCUGCAAGCCGAAGGACAGCAGCUGCUGGAGGGGGACGCUGCUGUUUGAUUGGGCUGCACGGCCCUGAAGAGAGUGAUAAUGUUGCGUAUUGUAGCAUUGUUUUGCACAAGUUUAGCAUAGUUUUGAAACCAAUGUUGUACAGCAAUUGUGUACAGUUACAGAUACAAAUAGAAGCAAACUUUCUGUAUUUCAUGUAUGUAUUAAAAAA